CUGAUAGCUGCGCCGCCCUCAGGCGAGGGACAUAUCCCCUUCUCCUUAGCAAUGUCCUUGAGAACGAAGCCAGGGGCAAAGGGCAGAGUCCCAGGCCGCCGACCGCCGUCCCAGACGGUCGACACCGCCCUCAAGUCCUACCCCCGCACCGAACCCUUAGCGGCGCUACACACCCUCCAGAAACUGCUCUCCUCCCUGCCUUCGCGGGUCGGCGGAUGCGCGUACAAGCUCACGCAUGACGAGCACAAGCUCUCGCUGCAUCUCCUCGCCAUCGUCGAGCCCUUCGUCGCGCUCGGCUGCGGCGCGCGCCCGGCCCUCUCUACCCAGCCAGCGGAGGUGCUCGACCUCAUCGCGUCGCACAUCCAUUCCAAAAGGGAUCUGCUCACGCUGGGGCUGACGUGUGCGCGCCUGCGCGACGUCGUGUUCCCGCGGCACUUUGAGUACCGCGUGGUGCGGUGCAAGGUAAGCGCGGUGAGGGUGUGGAACCACCUCUGCGUGAACCGUGCGCUGGCGCGGAACGUGCGGACGCUCGAGGUGCUCGACGAGCGGGCGGGGGGUGCGGGGCGGGAGCUCAUCCCGCGGGGGAUUAGAACGUGCGACACGGACCUGGAGUCGACGGACGACGAGUUGAAGGGGGUGCAUAAGAAGCAUGGCAGGUUCCUGCUCAACGCGCUCGCGCAGAUGACGGGCGUGCAGACCGUCGUGUGGGCGUGCGGCCAUUCGCCGAUCUCCAUGCAGGAGGUAUGGCCGCUGCUGCUCAAGUGCCCUGAUCUGCAGCAAGUGACGAUCUGCGAUAAUCUCGUAUUUGGUGACUUGGACGAGGAUAAGGGUGGGAAUGAGAAGGACCAGCUUGUUCUCCCGGGGCUUCGCACUGCGGCCUUCAAGGCCACGGGAAACACGUACGGCGCCUCCAAGAACCCGGCCCUGACGCAAAUCCAGAGCAUGCUGAACCGUUGUCCUCGACUGGAGUCCCUAGAAGUCGCCUACGCGCGUCCCAAAGGUGCCGGCUUCACCUCCCCCCUCGCCGACAAUCUCCUCACCUGUGGUCGCUGGUCGCGCCUGCAAAGCCUGACCCUUGGCGGCAUCCGCUGCUCCUCUGCGCACGGUUUCGCGGCAGCUUCAGCGUUCCUCGCCGCCCAUGCCUGCCUCGAAAUUCUGCAUAUCGAUAUCACCUUCGAGGGGAACGGCAAACCGCAGCUCGCCCUGGCCCCGAACUCCUUGCCGCGCUUACGCGAAGUGCGCGCGUGCAAGGAGCUGGUGAGCUCCGUGCUCGUGUGCCCGUGCGACACGCCGAGGCCGCUGGAGACAAUCAAGGGCGUCAAGCUGGGUGGAGGAGCGACGCCUGGGGAUCGCGAGUUCCUGGGCAGCUUGAAGAGGUACGGAGCCAGCGUGCGAAGACUUGAGCUGGCUGGGUGGAAUGACUUGGAGGAGGUUAAACGGCUGGCGGAGUGUGUCCCUGGUUUGACGUGGUUAGAUAUCGGCAAGAAGAUAAACCCGCCUAGCGCUGGGCGCGCAAACAGGCUUGCAGCGCCCGCCAACGCCAACGCCGCCGAGUGGGCGGUGACCCUCGCCAGUCUCACAGAAUUAACGACCUUCCACGGCGCGCGGUUCUUCUUCGAAGUCUCCAACGGGGAUUACGACCGUAACGACAGCCAGGCAGCGCUGUGCGUAUCCGACAGGAGCCGCGUUAGGGAGAACGACAGGAGCGCAAGCGUCCUGACGGGGAAGUGCCCAAAGCUGAGACGGGUGGAUCAUUGGGACGAGAAUGCGGGCAAGGUUAUUUUGCUGAGUAGGGACGGGGAUAAGAUCCGGUGGGAGGCGCGCAGGAUUAAGGGCUGAAUUCGGACUUGGGAUUGGAGGUGCGGCGGUAUGUGAAUGUAAGUUGUGUAAUCAUGAUGGAUCGUCCCUGCUGGACAGGAUAUGUGAACCCACGAAGAUCUACUCCGUCCGGCGCUGCCCC